ACGUUGUUUUUUUCGGCCCUUGUUUGCACUCAGCUUUUCUCAGUUUCUUUGCUCCUACUGCCUAACUGACCAAAAUGCCCCGCAGAAGGAAGUCCUUCGCCAUUCGGAAACGAUCGCAUUCUGCUCCUGCUGCUGUGCGUCUUCCACCGUCCAGGACUGGAAAGCGAAAGCAGUGGACCGAAGAGAAUAUGCUGUUAGCUCUCAAGGCAGUCGAAGAAGGUGUGUCUGUCAGUAAAGCGGCACAGGAUUUCAACGUA